AUGAUCUUAAUUAAGAGCAGUGAUGCUAGCAAGAACAGUGGUGCUAGCAAGAACAGUGAUGCUAGCAAGUGCAGUGAUGCUAGCAAGAACAGUGAUGCUAGCAAGAACAGUGAUGCUAGCAAGAACAGUGAUGCUAGUAAGAGCAGUGAUGGUAGCAAGAACAGUGAUGGUAGCAAGAACAGUGAUGCUAGCAAGAGCAGUGAUGCUAGCAAGAACAGUGAUGGUAGCAAGAACAGUGAUGCUAGCAAGAACAGUGAUGCUAGCAAGUGCAGUGAUGCUAGCAAGAACAGUGAUGCUAGCAAGAACAGUGAUGCUAGUAAGAGCAGUGAUGGUAGCAAGAACAGUGAUGGUAGCAAGAACAGUGAUGCUAGCAAGAGCAGUGAUGCUAGCAAGAGCAGUGAUGCUAGCAAGAACAGUGAUGGUAGCAAGAACAGUGAUGCUAGUAAGAGCAGUGAUGCUAGCAAGAACAGUGAUGGUAGCAAGAACAGUGAUGGUAGCAAAAACAGUGAUGCUAGCAAGAGCAGUGAUGCUAGCAAGAGCAGUGAUGCUAGCAAGAGCAGUGAUGGUAGCAAGAGCAGUGAUGCUAGCAAGAGCAGUGAUGCUAGCAAGAGCAGUGAUGCUAGUAAGAGCAGUGAUGCUAGCAAGAGCAGUGAUGCUAGCAAGAACAGUGAUAGCAGUGAUUCUAGCAAGAGCAGUGAUGCUAGCAAGAGCAGUGAUGGUAGUAAGAGCAGUGAUGGUAGUAAGAACAGUGAUGGUAGUAAGAGCAGUGAUGGUAGUAAGAGCAGUGAUGCUAGUAAGAGCAGUGAUGGUAGUAAGAGCAGUGAUGCUAGUAAGAGCAGUGAUGGUAGUAAGAGCAGUGAUGGUAGUAAGAGCAGUGAUGGUAGUAAGAGCAGUGAUGCUAGUAAGAGCAGUGAUGCUAGCAAGAGCAGUGAUGCUAGUAAGAGCAGUGAUGCUAGCAAGAGCAGUGAUGCUAGUAAGAGCAGUGAUGCUAGUAAGAGCAGUGAUGCUAGCAAGAGCAGUGAUGGUAGUAAGAGCAGUGAUGGUAGUAAGAGCAGUGAUGGUAGCAAGAGCAGUGAUGCUAGUAAGAGCAGUGAUGCUAGCAAGAGCAGUGAUGCUAGUAAGAGCAGUGAUGGUAGUAAGAGCAGUGAUGGUAGUAAGAGCAGUGAUGGUAGUAAGAGCAGUGAUGGUAGUAAGAGCAGUGAUGGUAGCAAGAGCAGUGAUGCUAGUAAGAGCAGUGAUGCUAGUAAGAGCAGUGAUGGUAGUAAGAGCAGUGAUGGUAGUAAGAGCAGUGAUGGUAGUAAGAGCAGUGAUGGUAGUAAGAGCAGUGAUGGUAGUAAGAGCAGUGAUGGUAGUAAGAGCAGUGAUGGUAGUAAGAGCAGUGAUGGUAGUAAGAGCAGUGAUGCUAGUAAGAGCAGUGAUGGUAGUAAGAACAGUGAUGGUAGUAAGAACAGUGAUGGUAGUAAGAGCAGUGAUGGUAGUAAGAGCAGUGAUGGUAGUAAGAGCAGUGAUGGUAGUAAGAGCAGUGAUGGUAGUAAGAGCAGUGAUGGUAGUAAGAGCAGUGAUGGUAGCAAGAGCAGUGAUGGUAGUAAGAGCAGUGAUGGUAGUAAGAGCAGUGAUGGUAGUAAGAACAGUGAUGGUAGUAAGAGCAGUGAUGGUAGUAAGAGCAGUGAUGGUAGCAAGAGCAGUGAUGGUAGUAAGAGCAGUGAUGGUAGUAAGAGCAGUGAUGGUAGUAAGAACAGUGAUGGUAGUAAGAACAGUGAUGCUAGUAAGAGCAGUGAUGGUAGUAAGAGCAGUGAUGGUAGUAAGAGCAGUGAUGGUAGUAAGAGCAGUGAUGGUAGUAAGAGCAGUGAUGGUAGUAAGAACAGUGAUGGUAGUAAGAGCAGUUAUGGUAGUAAGAGCAGUGAUGGUAGUAAGACAAGUGAUGGUAGUAAGAGCAGUGAUGGUAGUAAGAGCAGUGAUGGUAGUAAGAACAGUGAUGGUAGUAAGAGCAGUGAUGGUAGUAAGAGCAGUGAGAGCAGUGAUGGUAGUAAGAGCAGUGAUGGUAGUAAGAGCAGUGAUGGUAGUAAGAGCAGUGAUGGUAGUAAGAGCAGUGAUGGUAGUAAGAGCAGUGAUGGUAGUAAGAGCAGUGAUGGUAGUAAGAGCAGUGAUGGUAGUAAGAGCAGUGAUGGUAGUAAGAGCAGUGAUGGUAGUAAGAGCAGUGAUGGUAGUAAGAACAGUGAUGGUAGUAAGAGCAGUGAUGGUAGUAAGAGCAGUGAUGGUAGUAAGAGCAGUGAUGGUAGUAAGAGCAGUGAUGGUAGUAAGAGCAGUGAUGGUAGUAAGAGCAGUGAUGGUAGUAAGAGCAGUGAUGGUAGUAAGAGCAGUGAUGGUAGUAAGAGCAGUGAUGCUAGUAAGAGCAGUGAUGGUAGUAAGAGCAGUGAUGCUAGUAAGAACAGUGAUGGUAGUAAGAGCAGUGAUGGUAGUAAGAGCAGUGAUGGUAGUAAGAGCAGUGAUGCUAGUAAGAGCAGUGAUGCUAGUAAG